AAAAAUACCAUCAAUGACAGAAAUGACCAUUUUUACAAUCUCGUAGCCACGAAUUAAUUUAAUCAAAUGAAAUUAUUUUAUUUUAUCAAUUAUUCCUUUCUUUGAUAAAAAAUGUUUAUAUAUAAAAUGUUUUGAUUGUUUAACGAUAAUUAAAGAAAAAUAUUAGGAAGAUUUCAAGAAUGAUCAGUUUUAAGAAUUUGCUUUGUACAUGCAGAAGUAUGAGUAAUAGAUGCGGAGGACAAAGGGGAGGGGGAGGCGGAGGUGGGGGAGGUAGUGGAGGUGAGAAGGCAGUUACUAUGCAAAACCUGAAUCCCAACAUUAUAAAGUUGGAAUACGCAGUUAGGGGGCCGUUGGUGAUAAGAGCAGCUGCAAUCGAAAAGGAAAUACAAAGUGGUGCACAAAAACCGUUUAAAAAAGUAAUCAGAGCAAACAUCGGCGACGCCCACGCCAUGGGACAAAAACCCAUUACGUAUGUCAGACAAGUCUUGUCAUGUGUGAUUCUGCCGGAUUUGAUAAGUAAGGGUGAUUUUCCUGAUGAUGUGAAGAAGAGGGCAUCGGAUAUUUUAAAUUCUUGUGGAGGAAAAUCAGCUGGUGCUUACACAGUGUCCCAUGGUAUCGAGAUGAUACGGAAGCAAGUAGCGACAUACAUUGAGCGACGUGACGGCCACAAGGCAAACUGGGAGGAUAUAGUACUCACAGCUGGUGCAUCGUCAGCUAUAAAGAAUGUGCUGCAACUUUUCGUCAACAACAUUGGGGGCAAACCUACAGGUAUUCUUAUCCCAAUCCCACAAUAUCCUUUGUACUCUGCCUCCCUAGCAGAAUAUGGUCUACAGCCAGUGAGAUAUUACUUAAACGAAGAUAAAAAUUGGGCGUUGGAUGUCUCAGAAUUGGACCGUGCUUUAAACGAAGCUAAAUCUAAUGUGAACGUCCGAGCCCUGGUGGUCAUCAAUCCAGGAAACCCUACUGGUCAGGUUUUGACAAGAGAAAAUAUUGAAGAACUAAUCAAGUUUUCAAAAAAGUAUAACCUGUUAAUAUUUGCGGAUGAAGUAUAUCAAGACAACGUUUACGCCGAGGGUAGCAAAUUUUUCUCCUUUAAAAAGGUGAUGAAAGAGAUGGGGUCGCCUUACGACCAGCAUGAGUUGGCUUCCUUUAUGUCAGUUAGUAAAGGAUAUAUGGGGGAGUGUGGGCUACGCGGAGGGUGGAUGGAACUCUGCAACAUACAGCCCGAAGUCCAGGCCAACAUGUACAAGGCCAUAUCCUCUAUGCUUUGUCCUACUACGCUUGGGCAGUCUGCUGUCAGUUGUUGUGCGAUGCCACCACAACAAGGAGAGCCUUCAUACGAACUAUGGAAGAAAGAAAAAGAUGCAGUUCUCGGUUCCUUGAACAAGCGAGCUAAAAUGAUUGCAGAGACUUUCAAUAAAAUGGAAGGUUUUAAGUGUAACAUCGUUCAGGGAGCCAUGUACGCUUUCCCUAAGUUUGAACUACCACCUAAAGCUAUCGAGGCGGCUAAGAAAGAUGGAAAGCCUCCUGAUACAUUUUAUGCGUUCGAAUUGCUGGAAAACACAGGAAUUUGCGUAAUCUCCGGUAGUGGGUUUGGUCAACGCCCCGGCACCUAUCACUUCCGAACCACGAUACUACCUCAGCCUGCCUUGCUGCAAGAAAUGUUGGACAUCUUCCAGAAGUUUCACAGCGAAUUUACCAAAAAGUAUGCGUAGUUGGACGAUACAUCUAUCCACAAGACCGAUGUGUGUAGUGCGACUUUGCUGUCUACAUUUCAUCAUCGAGUCGAUUGGCAAUGAGACGCAGCUAACCAAUCACAGUGCGUCAUUGUGGCGCGGCGACAACCAUACCGCAAUGUGAUUGUUUCGCUGCGUUUCACUUCGAAUCGAUUCGAUAAUGAGAAGUGAAAUGCAAACCCGCACUUCGCCCUCGAACGUGACAAAAAUAGUGAACUUUACCGCCAUUACGACAAGAAAUUAUAUUUAUAUUAAAAUUUUUAGAAAAUUUGAUGUUCGUUUGACGGCUUUGUUAUCUUUUGAAGUGCUUAAGUUUAUAAAUUUUAUUACCUACUAUUUGUCUUUUUCUACUUAUUUAAUUGUGUUUUGAAGUAAUAAAUGAGUAGGAGGGUA